GACCAUCACAGGUUUCCGGCCAGCAUUCCCGUCUUUCGUAUGUCUUUGGAGUAUACAAGUGUAGCUCGCGAUAGCUGUUGUUUUGAUACGAAGAAAGGAGGCAAGCCUAUAUCGUCCCUUUUUAAAAACUGCUGUGCUGUUGGGAGACUGAGGACCAAAUGAGGACAGCAAUUCUAACAGCUUUACUGAGAAGAUGUUUUAAUACUGAAGGCUGUAGGAACAUUACUUUGUAAUAGAUGUAAGAGCAUAGAAGAGCAUCAUCGAUAACCACUAAGAUCUAAUCGCGUGAUUUAAGUUCUAAACAUAAUUAUGCCACCAGUUAAAGCUAAAAAAAAAUCAAAGAAAAAGUCUGUUUCACCAGCAAAAGUUAGCAAGCACAAGAAAUUCAAGAAGAAAGAGCUGACCACACCUAAGAGCCAGAAGGCAAGAAGAGACUUUAAUGAAAGAAAAAAAAAGAUAUCAGGGGCAGAAGUUUCAAAGCAGAAGAAAAAAAUGGUGAAAGUUGCAUCCAAAUCAGCAAAGGCCGUAAAGCCCAAACAAAAGAAAGUUUUGAAAAAGAGCCAAAAGCCUGCCUUAAAAUCCUUGGCUAAAAAGCAGUUGAAGUCUCCAGACCAGAAGGGCAAGAUAAAAAAGUCUAAAGACCAGAAGGGCAAGAUAAAAAAGUCUAUAGACCAGAAGGGCAAGAUAAAAAAGUCUAAAGACCAGAAGGGCAAGAUAAAAAAGUCUAAAGAUCCAUCAAAGGUGAAGAAAAAGAUGUCUCCAGCUAAGACCAAGGAUGUACCAAUCAAAAGAAAUGGAAUGGGGACUGCAAAACAAAAAUGUUUCUCUUGUAAUUUGGUGGUUUCUUCUAAGUCCUUAGUUCAAAAGCAAAAAUUGAAGUCUCCAGACCAGAAGGGCACUAAAACCAUUGGUAAAAGAAGACAGAACUCGGAAUCAGAAGUUCAAGUUCAAGUAAAAAAGAAAGCAAAAAUUUAUUCUCCAUCUAUAUCUUCACAAAUAACAGAGUCUAAAGAUCCAGUAAAGGUGAAGAAAAAGAUGCCUUCAACAGAAACCAAAGAUGUAUCUAUCCAAAUAGAUGGAAAAGGGACUAUAAAGGAAAAAAAUGUGAUGUGUUUCUCUUGUAAUUUAUUGGUUUCUAAAAAAGAUUUGCAUUUGCAUUUGUUCUUUGGAAGUAUAAAAUGUAGAUUUUGUUUUUAUACAGUAAACACAUGCACUGACUUUGCCAACCAAAUGCUUAACCCUAAUGGCUAUUGCCAAAAAAGUCCAAUGAAAAUACAUGGUAUAUUGCAGUGGGAUUCUUGUCUUAAUUAUAUAUUGUUAAACGUGAAAAGAGAAAUAACCGUCAGAAAUUUCUGUAAUGAAAUAAAGGCUGUUCCAAAUGAAAUUGAGAUUUGUGGUGAAAUCACAACAUACACAAAAGGUCUAGAAUCUUUAGAACGAGUAGAACCUUGGAAAUCUGCCUUUCUAGAGCUAAUGGCAUAUUGUGACAAAGUUAUGAGCAAACUAAAGCCCAAGAAUUGUUGUUCUCUGAAACUUUUCAGAGAAAAAAAGAGUGAAAUAAGUGAUGGAAAAUCCAUUUCUGAAAGUAAAUUAUGUAGUGAAAAAGAAUUGAUCAUUAGACGUAAAUAUCCUGAUAAUGAUAGCAUUUUAAAGACCAGUGAAGAUUUAGCAGCUCCUGAAGAGAAAGAUCUUUCACAACAGAACCAGUUGUGCUCAUCCUACGUGUCUGCUAAUAUCACUGCAACUUCUGAUGAUAACAACACAGAAUCAACUGAGAUUAAGAUGAUUAAGGAGGAGGUAGAUCUGAUUAAGAGAAAAAGGCAGUACAAAAGAAUUAAAAAAAAAGAUCUGAGAAAAAUUGUAAGAUUACCCAGUGAUGGUCGAUAUUUACUAGUUGAUUUUCCCAAUGAACAGUGUCCAGAAGAAUGCCCAGAUUGUUACUCUGGCUUUUAUCCUUCAAAUGUUACUUUGUAUUGUUCCACAGGGGUUACAAAAGUUGUAUGUGAAGUGUGUGGCCUUGUUAUAUUCAUAGUACCUGACCUAUAUAAAUAUUCUAAAUAAAGUUUUUAUAUUUAUAGAAUCUCGACAAAUGUACCUUGAUCUCCUUUUUUAAUUGUGCAAGAGAAAGAAAGAAUAUAUAUUUUUAAGAAGACUGAAUAGUUAACAAAAUAUAUUCCCUAUUUUGUUUUAUAGGGUUUUAGACUUUAUGUAUAUUUCCUGGAUCUUGUUUCUUGAAAUGUACUUUCUGUUGUCUGAAGGUUUCUAGGGUUAUUUUUUAAUUUGGUCCCUGUUUCAUAUGAUAUUUACUAUUUCAUUUAUAAGAUCUUCAUGUGUCCUAGAAUAUAAUAAUAUUUAGCUGGAGGAUGAUUAUCUAUUAUAAAUAAAAAAAUAUUUGGAUUAGUCA